GAUGCGGGUGAAUUGAGAGUGCGCUCACCAGCCAUCCAGAGGUGCAAUUACAGAGCUCUGCAGGCACCAACAGAGCGUUUGUUUCUUUCCUUCUUCCCGUACACAGGAGCCAAACAUGGACUGCGGAGUGAUCACCUCGAAGAGUGUGUUGCUGGCCAUCAGCCUCAUCUUUUGGGCUGCUGGAGCUGGACUCGCUUAUGUCGGCAGUUAUGUUCUCAACACCUACAAGACCUACGACCCCAUCUUUAAGGACCAAUAUGUCCUCCUGCCAGCUGUCAUUAUCAUUUGUGUUGCUGUAGUGAUGUUCGUUAUCGGGUUGAUUGGAUGCUGUUCCACCCUCCGCGAGUCCCGGAUUGGCUUAGGAGUUUUCUUGUUCAUUAUCUUGCUGAUCUUCAUUGCUGAAGUGUCUGUGUUUGCCCUGGGAUUCGUUUACAGAGCAAAGGUUAAAAGUGAUUUCCGUGAACCAUUGCAACAGAUUUUCAAGAAGUAUGAUGGGAAAAACUCUGAGUCACAUGCCAUAGACUAUUUACAAGUGGAGCUUCAAUGCUGUGGAAUCAGCAACUAUACGGAUUGGAUUGGUAGCACCUGGUACAAUUCUACCGGCAACCACAGCAUUCCCGUGAGCUGCUGCAAGGAAGAGUUUAGUAAGAACUGCACAGGACAGCUGAGUGAGCUGCAGUAUCUCAAUACAGCGGGCUGUGCAAACAAAAUGGUAUUUACGAUAGAGAGUGUUCUCAGCUACGCUAUGCUUGUGGUUCUGGGGUUUGCCAUUGUGAAGUUCUUCGGCAUGCUGAGUGUCUGCGUGCUGACCUGCAAAAGAGAUAACGGAUAUGACCCCUUGCAGUCGGGGGUAUUUGCUUGAUGGCAAGAUGGAACACUUCCGCUCUUUCAUGAUACAACAGACUUGGGAAAAGAUACCCCAAACAGACAAAAAGUUUGCUUGCUUUUAUUAAAAAAAUCUUCUUGAACAGAACGAAGAUUGCAUUAGCUUUCAAAAACUGUGUUUAAAAAAUGUGAAAUAAUGUCUUUAAGUUACUGGUGAUUCAGCUAGAGUGUUUUCAACUAUAUAUCAAAAAUACAGUCAAUACCUUUCCUUAGAAGAAUCAGUAGAUGGAGCCAUUCCCCAGAAAAGAGAAUUGAUCUAUCAUUCCAAUAUUCGAUGGAUGACUCUUUUUAAUUCUCUUUUACUUAAAGAGACAAUUUGUAUAGUCCCUCAUACUUUGGAUGUAUCUCCCUGAAGCAGAUGAAAUGCAAUGUAUUUCUCUGUAUUUGUUACAUAUGGCAGAGGCCUGAAAUACAAUAAUUGCUUUCAGUCGCCAAUGAAUUUUGUGAUUGCUACCUUCCCAUUUCUUGGAUCACACAAAUGAUCUCAUAUAGGUGACUGUCAGCUUAUGUUGUUCUCUCUUUCACUUGCUCAGUCUGUGGAUGUUUUUAAAUUUCAUUUGCAGUUAUCAGCGUUCAGAGGUGAAUGUCAAUAUGCACCAACUUUCCAACAUCUGCAAUAUUAUAUGCAUCACUUAGAUACCUGGGUGUGAGAAUGAACAUAAUAUUCCUAUUGAAGACCAAAAUCCUUUCUAGUCCUGCCUCUCAUUUCUCAAAGAGGCUAGCCAAAAGCUCCCGGGAAGCCAUCAGCAGGGCAUGAAGGCAACAAUUCUUCCCUUCUGUUGCCUCCACAGCAGCUGGUAUUCGGAGGUAACACUGCCUCUGAACAUGGAAGUUCUAUUUAACUACCAUUCUAACAGCCUUUUACGGACCUGUCCCUUACUAUAUUUUUUUAUAAUCUUCUUUUAAAGCCAUCUAAAAUUUCACCACAUCUUGUGGCAGUGAGUUCCACAAAUCGGUUUGACGUUUUAUGAAGUGCUUUCGUUUGCAAGUCCCAAAUCUCCUGCCCAUCAUUUUCAAUGUAGCACUUCUACGCACUGUGUGAUCAACUUGAGUUAAUAGUGGGUGUUUUAUCAGCAUUGGUAGGCCAUAUGAUUCCAUCUACCUGUCAGCAGUGCUGUGUAAAGUGUCGUAGUACUGAAGAUCUCUAAACUGGGACCCUAGGAACCUGAGAUCCAUGAGCCCAUGUAACUGCCUUGUUAAUAUUUGCAUUCAAGAUUCUUGGAUCUAAAACUGCUGGAGUGCGCAUGAAAGCGAAAGUGUCUGGUUGGAUUGAUUCCGCUGGGGGCGUUCCAGUAUACUGUGGCAUUCACUAGACUUCAGCAUGUGUUUGUGUGUGUUGGAUUCUGUCUGCUAGGAGUUAUGGAAUGUUCAUUAAAUUCAGUACUAACGAUUCUGUACUGUAUAUUUUCAGACUGUGAUGAAAAAACAGGGUAAUUCCUGGUGUUUCCAAUUGCCUGGAGAAUGAAAUGGCCUGUCCCUUUAAGAGAAGUUUACUAGGAUGUUACUUCUGCUGCUCAUUUCCACACAUUAAGCUUCUUUUAAAGCGACAGCAUGCAUUUUCUCCAGGUCUGAUGGCAACUCUACUUGUUCCAAAUAUUAAAUAAAAAUCAACAAUGUUUAGGGUUGCCAGCCUCCAUGUUGUGGUUGGAGAUCUCCUGGAAUUACAACUGGUCUCCAGGUCACAGAGAUCAGUUCACCUGGAGAAAAUGGCUCCUUUUGGGGGUGGGCUCUAUGGAAUUAUGCCAUGCCACGGUUCUUUCCCUCCCCAAACCCCACUUUCUCCAGGUUUCUUCAGGUUUCACGCCCCAGAUCUCCAGGAAUUUCCCAACUUGGAGCUGGCAACCCUAACAAUGUUUGAAUAGUCACUUAAAAGGAUAUUAUACCGAAGACUCAAUGCAGGGUUUAUCAUAUUGUGUUUUGUUUUGCUUCGCUUGUUUCUGCCGCAGUUAACAUUUAUUUAAUGUAUAAUGUACUUUGUGGUUUUUUUGUGCGUAGAAGACUUACCAAAAUUAUGUAAGAAAAAUAAAGUGACAGCCUUUUUUUAUUUAUCUAUAGCAACUUUGCUUUAUUUUUUUGAAGUUUCUUGAAGAAUAACAAGAUUAAGAGAAAGAAACGGUGGUCCUUCCUCUUAAAUAAAAUCAUUUAA